AUGGGCGAGUCGAAAGUUGUGGUGGAAUCAGGAAGUGAUUCUGAAGCAAAGAUGGCUGCCAAACCCCCCGCCCCCACUGGUCAUCACUCUAACCUGGUCACGUUGUUGACCAUGCUGGCCGGAGCAGCAGCACUAGGAGCAGCGGUGUGGUUCCCUACGUCAGAAAUGGUCAAAGAACUUCAGAGACUAGUUUCAAUACUGGACAGGCCUGCUCAACAUCAACCGUCACCACCCGUUCACUCUGAAGCACCGAAACAGCUACCACGUGAUUGCUAUGACGUUUACGAGUCGGGUCAGACGUCGGACGGAAUAUAUACUGUCUAUCCGUCCGGUCUGCGACAGGGAUUGUCGGUGCACUGUGACAUGACAACAGAUGGCGGUGGUUGGUUGACAUUCCAGCGACGUAUGGAUGGCUCCGAACAGUUCAAGAGAAAAUGGCAGGAGUAUAUGUUUGGAUUUGGCGAUCCUCAGAAAGAGUUCUGGAUGGGGAAUGAGUUCUUAUACGCCGUCGUGUCUCAGGGAUGGUACGAGUUACGGAUAGAUAUGGAAGAUUUCGAUGGAGAAAGGCGCUACGCCAAAUACAAACUGUUCCGAAUAGCCAACUCAGCCUCUAGAUACCGUCUUAGUGUGGCAGGAUUCUCCGGGGACGCUGGUGACUCUAUGGAAGUACAUAACGGGAUGAUGUUCUCGACCACAGACUUGGACAAUGAUGGAGCGCCGGGGAACUGUGCCGAGAGUUUUAAAGGAGCGUUCUGGUAUAACAACUGCCAUAACGCCAAUCCAAAUGGGGUGUACCUGGAGGGGGAACACGAAACACUCGCGGACGGUGUUAACUGGCACAGCUGGAGAGGAUACAAAUACUCUAUGAAAUAUUUCGAUAUGAAAAUUAGGCCUGUAUGA